AGUAAAGGAAGGCCAGCUGUACUGCCUUAUAAGUGGCCCUGUGUCCGGUGUAGGUGUUCUACAUGCUUUGUUGGAAGUCCGCAUACCCCCUCCCUCCAAUCCUGCAGACAUGGAACAUCUGGGCACCCCACCAAGGUGCUCCCCCUGUCUUAGAGGAAGGAAAGGGUAUAAAGCGCCAGUGAUAUCCUCAGCAUCUCCUUUGGUCAGAGAGCCUGAAGAAAUGAUGGGAAAAGCCACGGAACUCUUCCAGCUCUGUGAUAAAGAAGAGAAAGGGUUAAUAACCAAACGAGAUCUACAGCAACUGCAAAAUGAACUUCCGCUCACUCCUGAUCAAUUGGAAGCUGUAUUUGACAGCCUGGACCAGAGUAAUAAUGGUUACCUCACUCCUGUGGAGUUCAGCAUGGGUCUUGGUAAAUUACUAGGGGUUAAUAUGACUAAUGGAGAAGAAGAAGAGAGACCAGUAAUGGAGGAAACGUUUGAAUCUGGCUGGUCGGAUGAAGAUCAAGAUGAUGCAGAAGAAAUGCUCUUCUAUGCUUCUAUGGAACAGUUGGGAGCUGCUCGAAUAUUCCAAGAACACAGGGAGCUCAGAGAACUGUGGAACCGUUUACGCAAGGAGCGCCCAGAGCUGCUAGCAAACUUUGAGGAUUUUCUCUUCCGUGUUUCUUCUCAUAUCCGGGACAUGCAUCAUGAAAAAGAUACUUUGGAACAAGCUUUAAAAAGGAAAGAAACCGAUCACGGAAGAGAGGUGAGAAGUCUAUAUGAAGAAAUGGAGCAGCAGAUCAAAAUAGAGCGAGAGCGACUACAAAGGAAGGAUUCCACCAGACAACAGGACAGACAAACCACUUUGCAGAGGGAACUAAUGAGGAAGGAACAAGAGCUUGAGGGCAUCGUUCUGCGACAGCGACAGCUGGAGAAUCAGUUACAAUCUUUAAACAGUGAGCAACUUGAGACACGAGUUCAAAAUGAUCGCUUGAGACAGCUUAAUGAGGACCUCAUCGAGCAUCUUGAGAGGACCAAGACUGACUUGGGAAAGGCACAGGCAAACCUGAUGAACCUGCGCAAACAGGAGCAAGAGGAGCAGGAAUGCAAGAAGAGGAAUGCAUAUAAAGUCUCUCAGAAUAUUCAAAAAGAGAAGCAGAGUCUCCUGCGACAGCUGGAACUUCUCAGGGACAUUAAUAAAAAGCUUCGGGAUGAAAAGGAUGUGUUUGAAGCAAAAAAGCUGGACAACCUAAAGAAGAAUCCUGCGGAACCCAUGCUGGUGCCUAGUUGCUGCUGUUGCUGCUGCUCGAGUUAUGCUGGCAGCAUGCAUUGUGAUCCCACACUCUGACCACAUGGUGGCGUCAAUGAACAAUUCAACAAACUAGACAAUCCGGUUUACCUUUUAAUAUCUGUAUAUAUGUAAAUACAAGUGUAAUAGUGUAUAUUUUUAUUUGUGUGUGUAUACAAGUAUCCAAGAUUCUAUUUGUGGAGAUAUAGAUAUAAUUGUUAGGUUAUUUCAUUAGGUCAAUGUUAUUACAGAGGUGUACUUACUAUUGAUGACAGAACAAUUUCUUUAAGGGUCUUUUUUACAAACAGAAUAUGAAAUACGGACAAAUAGGAAGUAAUAAGGUAUGACUGUGAUAUACUUAAGUCUGUAAAUAGUAUUUAUUAUUUACUUUGGUCCAUUACGCCUGUACAAUAUUUUACAGAAUCUAUUUCUCCAAUUGCAGUGUGUACAGUUUGCACAUUGACCUUACCUACAGAUGUCUAUGUAGGCAUUACCUUACGUGGUGUCUACAGUUCCCCUAUCUCAAGCUUCAUCGUUUUCCAUUGAGUGCAAUGGAUAGUUUAGGGACUUUUACAAUGACAAUGGAACAAUAUAUUCAAUUAAAAAAAAUUAUGUUGUGUUUUUAUUGAUAUUUCUCCAUGUACUGCGCACGUUUUAUAAUGCUCCACCCAUGUUUAUUUAAAUCCUGGUCACUCAGUAUCUGGCUGCUUUUUUCUUAUUUUGAUGUUCAACAGAAAAAAAAUCUUUAGCCAAUGCUGAUGAUAGUUUGUACAGUGAAUGCAGGAGC